ACAAUUGCCAGCGACAACAACUACUGUUGAAAAGAAGAAAUUCCUAGAACCAUCCAGUUCCAAAUCGGAAAAGUUCUCCCCUCGGCCUUGGCCUUGAGUUUCUCUGUUUUUUUUUUUUUUUUUGGACAUUCUUUUUAAGCACACAACUUCUUCGUAAGAAGUGGUAUCUGCAAUUAUUUCUGCAUAGAUACCAUAUUACGAUAAUUAUUUAUUUAUUUAUGUAUUUUUGGUGGAAUGAGAAUAUAAUCGAUUAGUAUUAAGAAACGAAGCAUUUUGUGGUGAGACUGAAAAUUGAUAUGCCAUGAACCACGGGAUGGAUGCUGACAUGAUGGAGGCGGAUUCCACCUCCUCGCCACCGCCACCGCCACCUAUUCCGUCCGACCAGAGCGAUGUCAUGACGGGUCUGCUCUCGACGGCUCGCCAACUAAUUCAGCAAGGCAAUCCUUCCCAAGCUCUCCAUGCGGUGGUGAUUGCAAUGAGGAUGAGAGGUGGGGAAGAGGCUGUAUAUCAUGCUCUUAACCGGGCUAGGGAGCUGUACAGGAACAAAGUUCAAGAAAGUAUUGCUGCUGAUGAGUUGGCAACCCUGCUUGCUGAGUGUGCACUUGCAGAGGCAACGCCGUUGAAUUCUCAAUCAUCUCAACACAACAAGGUGGACCAAUCUCGUGAGCUUGAUGUUGAUGGAACUUCAAUACUUGCAGAGACCGGCAGGAAGCAGAUUGUGCUGGAUGCAUUUUCUGAUGGAAGCAGCUUUGUUUGCUUGCAAUGUGGAGGUCUUGUAAGCAAUGAGCGGAAGGAGGAGCAUUAUGCUUUUUGGUGUUGCAAAACCUGAGUUCACUUCUUACUGGGAUCAGAAGUGGCAGAUUUAGGAUUGAGCUUUAACCAAAGGGAGAAGGUCAUGUAUGAGGAUGAUCUAUGUAUCGCUCAAUGUGAUGAAUAAUGCUGUUCAAUUCCCUCUAUUGUAUAUAUUGUAUACUCGAAAGAAAAUGCUCAGAGUUUGACAUCACCUUCGUAUCUUAAAAAGGGUCAUGAUUCUGGGCACUAAUUGAGAGUCAAUGAAUAUUUAAGGAGAUGAAGUAUGAUACGGUCCUGUUUCAGAAUA